UCUCAGAGCACACUGCGAUUAAAGAAGAGCAUCCACUCUCAUCACCAUGAACCAAAGUGCUGUCCUUCGCACAAUUUUACUCCUUUGCUGGCUCCUAAUUCUUCUGCCCAGGAUUCAAGGAACCCCACUCUCAAGAAAUAUACGUUGUCGAUGCAUCAAGUUUCAUGAUGGUGCCUUCCAUGUAAAAUCCUUACAAAAACUUGAAGUAAUUCCUCAAAGUUCUUCAUGUCCACAUACUGAGAUCAUUGCUACAAUGAAGAGAACACAGGAGCAAAGAUGUCUGAACCCGGACUCCAAGAAAAUGCAGGAUUUACUUAAAUUAAUUAACAAGAACAGGUCCAAAAGAACUUCUAAUCAGAAGUAGAGAUCACCAAACUGCUCAAGAGAGGAUGGACCAGGAUGUGACAGAACACGUGUCUUAUCCUCCAUGACUGUCAAGCAACAAGAGCUGCUGUUUAAAUUAAUAUUUAGCUUUUAUAUAGUGUUUUAAAGUUUACAAAGUGUUUUAUAUGUUAUGUCAUUUGAUCCUCACAAUAAACCUGUGAGGUAGGUGCUAUUAUUAUUCUUAGUAUACAAAUGAAGAUAUUGAGUCUGGGAGAGAUUCAGUGACUUGCCCAGGGUCACACAGCUAGAAAGCACUUGAGACAACAUUUGAACUCAGGUCUUCCUCUCGCCAGGUCCAGCACACUAUUCAUUAUACUACUUUGCUUCCUAGAUGAGUAGCCAUAGCCACUAGGACUGACUGUUUAAAAAAGAAAAUGGAUGUCCAAUAAGAUGAGUGGUUCAUGAUAUAGUGCAUAGUGUGCUAGAUUUUAGAGUAUGCCCUGUGUAACCCUGAGAAAUGACCUGGCAACUCUCUGGAAUUCCAUUUCCUCAUCUGUAAAAUGAUGUCCUUAAGAAGUUCUGAAAUCUCUGCCUGUUCUAGCUCUGAGGACUCUAGGGCAUUCAGGUGACAGUUGUUUUUUGGCACCACCGGAUAAGCUCUGAGAUCACUCCCAGCCUGCCCAGACCUGACCUGCCUUUCUUGUUAAACUGUUACAAUAACUGGAUGGCAGAGCUUCAUGAGGGGAUGAGCAGGGCAUGAUGCUUUUGUACAGAUUAAAAACCUGUCUGGUUACUCUAUGCUUCUAGUUUUUUGUUGUUGUUGUUGUUGUUUUUUCGGAUACAGGCCACCUUUUUGUUUUGUUUUGAACUUAAACAUCAAAUAUAUGGGCAUUUCCAUAUACAUGAUUUAAUAGAAAUAAAGGAUUCUACAUUAAUCUGUGAAUAUCUAUUAUAUACUGUUGC